ACCAGUGUUCAGUACGCAGCUCAUUCAGUUUUGUGUCGUGAUUACUAUUUUUAUUAUUAUUGUUGUGGUUGUAUUAUUUAGUGCUAUUCCUCAGCAAUGUUGCUGAGAUUCGUAUUGUUUAGACUUUAGAUAGAAUAAAUUGCCAGACUCGUGUGUCUACCGCGAAGAUUGAUGUACUAGAAUAAAUUAAUUUUUUCCGCCAUGAAUACCCGAUCGAAAGACGAGAUAAGAGAUAUUAUUUGCAAGGACAUGCUAUUUAUUCACAAUCGUCGUGUGGAAUUGUCGAAUCGUCUUGCUGAGACUCUUGCAGACAAUGUGUCCUACGUGCAUGAGCUGUUCGCGCAUUUAUCACAAUCGUCGUCCAACGUGCUUAUGGUGAAGACGCCGAAGAUGCUACGAAAGAAGGUGGUCCAGCGUAUCGAAACUAUACUCGAGAACGAGGUGUUUCAACAGGAAAACAUCUCGCCAACUGCUUCCCUUUCUUCUGUCAAUGAAGAGGAUCAAAAGGAGAAAGUGAUAGCGGGAGGUAGAACUAAAAGAGGAGCGUCUAAAAAAGCAGAGAAUAAUAUCAAGAAACUAAGCUUUGUUCUGAAUGAUUCUAAAAAGAAGGCAAAAAGAGAAAGUCGUAGUAAAAGGAAGAAAUACAUUGAAAGCAGUUCUGAAGAAGAUAACAACGAGAGUGCUUCUAAGUAUAGUAAAGUCGACGAAAAUAUAACAGAGGUAAAAGGAACCAUAAAAAGAGUGACAAGGAAGAAUUCUAAACAGAUCACUCAGUCUACAGCUCCAAUUAAAAAAGUAAAAACUGAAAAAGUAAAGACUGAACAAUCUAAGGAGACCAAUGAAGAUGAUAACUUUGAAUCGUCAGUUCUACAACGCUCCAGUAAAAGUUCUAAAACUUCUCAGAAAAAGGAAGUGAAUAAAGUUGAUGACGCCAUUGUCGCAUCCAAUAGAGAUGACAUCGAAGAACCAUCUAUAUAUGAAGAUGCAGUUGGAAAACUUGUUCCAAUUAUGAAUUCAACUCUAAAGAAUAGUCUAUUUACAUCUGGAAAGGGAUUGAAUGCCACUGUGAUAUUAGAGCGUUUACCAAAUCAACCACCAAAAUUAAAUGAAACAGUGGUAAUUCAGAAGGCAAUCAACACAAAAAACAGUACAUCGAAUGAAAUGGAAAAUACUAAGAACACACUGCCAAACAAUAUGCAAUCACAUAAAAUAUCUGCACAAUACGAUAAUUAUAAUGAAUUAAUUACAGAUGAUGAAUCAUCGCCUGAAAUAAAAAGAUCAAAGAAACAACUUAAUAAGAAGCAAACUACUAAAAAAGAAACAAAAGGUAUGUUAGCAACAUCUAGCGAGGAUGAAAUCCCUAAUACACCAGUGCAAACACGCCUCAAAAACACAAAUAUGUCCAUGGUCAUACAAGAAAGUAAAAUAUAUAAAUCAAAUGCAUUAUUUAGUCCUUAUGCAAAAGAAUCUGUGAAGAAACGGGUUGAAGCAUUUGAACAAGCAGUUAUCCACAGCCCAAAGGCUGUUGAUGUAGAUGCUCCAAUCAGAAUAACUAGAACGAAAACACGUGCAAUGGCCACUGCAGAAAUGCAGGCAGAAAUAAAAAUAACAGAGAAAAAUGUUACGCAAAUAUUAGCUCGUAAAUCGCUCGCUAAAGCUAAGAAGAUCUCGUUAGCGAAACAAAAAAACAAUAACGAAUUUAAAGAGAACAAAGAACAACUGCCAGAACGAAUUAAUAAAUUACUGACUCAAACUGAUAAAUCACAUAUAAAAGUGCAACAGUUAAAAACAACACCUUUAAGCAAGACAAAAUUGAUACAGCCUACAAUGUCUGUUAAUCGUCUUCUUACCCCUUCAAACACCCAAAAUCUUCUGAACUAUCCAAAAUCUUCCUCGCGUACCAAUAUCAUUUCUAGCGUGGAGUCUUUCAUUCAACCAUCAAAAAAUAUUGCAACUUCUAAUUCGAUAGAAAAAUUAGAGGAAAAGAAACGACACGAGGAGGACGCGAGAAAAAAGAAGGAUGAAGCUUUGAGAUUACUGACGGAGGAGAAAAAAAGGAAGCGGCAAGAGAAGGAACUCAAAAACAGAUUAGCAAGAGAAGCUAAGGAGAAACAAGAAUUAGAGAAACGGCAAAAAGUCGAGAAAGAAAGGGAAGAGAAGGCAAAAUUAGCUCUUUUGAUUCAAGAAAAGCAUCGUGAAGAAGCAGAGAAGAAACGUCUCGCCCAAUUGCAAAGAAUGCAGGAGAAGGAAGAACGUCGCAAAUUGGAAGAGCAACAGAGAUUGCAGAGGUUACAAGAACAAGAGGAAACGGAACGUUUGUUGGCCGAGCAAAGACGUCGUGAACAAGAAGCUGAAAGACGUCGGGAAGCGGAAGCAAGAGCUCAACAAGCCGCUACCGAAGUUUUGAAACAGAAACAGUUACUUGCGGCUCAAGCUAAAUAUAAGCAACAAGCUAAUAAUAAGUACCAAGGUAACGUGAAUUAUGUAUUAGAUAGUGAACCUGAUGAUGAUGAAUCAGAUGAUGAAAGCAAACCAAAGCACGAGAUACCAUAUUGGGCGCAGGCGCAUAUCCGCAAAACACAACUUGCGAUGCAACAACACAUUCCUGAGGCAAUAAUUUAUAAAUUCUUCGAUACUCGUAAGUGCACGCCAGAUUUGACCGAAUUGUUCCAUGGUAUAGAUAGAAAUCGAUUGAAGCGUACAUCCAGUGCAAUCUGGAAAACGCCUCCGCGUAUUUCCAUGAUGGAACCUGAGUUUGUUGAACGAAAAUUGCCUUUAAAAAAUUGAUGUUGAACAGAAAUAUUUAAGUGUGAAUAUAAUCA